UAGGCAGGGUUUCCGCCAUUUUUGAAAACUGUGAACGUUCCGCUAUGGCAGCAUAUGCCGUGGAGCCCCAGGCGCCUACGCUGGGAUCUGAACCAAUGAUGCUGGGUUCACCUACGUCUCCAAAGCCAGGAGUUAAUGCCCAGUUCUUGCCUGGAUUUUUAAUGGGGGAUAUGCCGGCUCCAGUGACUCCACAGCCUCGAUCACUUAGUGGUCCUUCAGUAGGAGUAAUGGAAAUGAGGUCACCUUUACUUGCAGGGGGGUCACCACCACAACCCGUUGUACCUGCUCAUAAAGAUAAAAGUGGAGCUCCACCUGUUAGAAGUAUAUAUGAUGACAUUUCCAGCCCAGGACUUGGCUCAACACCUUUAACUUCAAGAAGACAGACAAACAUCUCAGUAAUGCAGAGUCCUCUUGUUGGAGUAGCAACAACAACUGUAACAGGGCAAAGUAUGUUUAGUCCAGCAAAUAUUGGUCAACCACGAAAGACAACGCUAUCUCCUGCCCAGUUGGAUCCUUUUUAUACUCAGGGAGAUUCUCUGACUUCAGAAGACCACCUUGAUGACACCUGGGUGACUGUGUUUGGGUUUCCACAAGCAUCUGCUUCUUAUAUAUUGUUACAAUUUGCACAAUAUGGAAAUAUCUUAAAGCAUGUGAUGUCUAAUACAGGAAAUUGGAUGCAUAUUCGUUAUCAAUCUAAACUGCAAGCUCGGAAAGCCUUAAGCAAAGAUGGGAGAAUAUUUGGAGAAUCUAUCAUGAUUGGUGUGAAGCCAUGUAUAGAUAAAAGUGUCAUGGAAAAUGGUGACAGAUGUGCUUUGCCAUCUCCAUCUCUAGCCUUUACGCCACCAAUCAAAACAUUAGGUACACCAACACCACUUGGAAGUACUCCUAGGAUUUCUACCAUGAGGCCUCUUGCUACAGCAUACAAAGCUUCCACCAGUGACUAUCAGGUUAUUUCUGACAGACAAACCCCAAAGAAAGAUGAUAGCCUUGUAUCAAGAGCCAUGGAGUACAUGUUUGGCUGGUAGUCUAACAAAAGCUAAGAACUUUGCUACCGAGGAGGAGCAGCUACAUUGAUGGGGAGUUAGCACAGUCCUGCCAGGUUGUUCUGGUUAGUUAUAUAACCAUUCUUGGUAGUGUUGAUAGGCACAUACUUUGAGACACUGUUGUGUAAGGAUACAACUUAUUUGUAGUUUGCACUUUAAAAGAAGCUUGAGAUCCACUUUGAAGAAACUGAAGAUUCCUCCAGAGAGCUUGUAUGCUCUCUGAUAAGUGUGUGCCUAGCACUGUGUGCUCAGUACCAACUGCGGGAAUGCAAUCAUCGAGUGUGAGUGUGCCUCAGUGGCUGCAGGACGAGGUGGUCUCGAGAACUCAUGAAGGAGGGAGGCUACCACUACCAACACACAGUGAUUACAAUUAGUAUUUUGAAUUAGUAAUUUGAAUUAUGGCCUUUUAAUUUAGAUACUAUUUAAUAAGUCUUAAUUAUCUUUGUAUGUCCUGUGAUGGAUUGUCACCUUUCAUUAUUCUAAAACCCAAGCAUUCUUUUAAACUGCUAAAAAUUCUUAAUAAUAAACUUUGUCACUUUAUAUGUAUCAAA